AUUGGGAGAGGCAGCAUUACAGAGUGGUCAGGGAAGUACAGAGCUGAGGUGACUCUUGUGCUGAACUCCAAAACCUACAGCAGCCUGCCUUGUGAACAUCUGAUAGAAGUGCAAAGUCCUGGGGUGGGAGUGAGCUCAGUGUUUGAACUAGGAAGAAGGAAGACUCCAGGGGAUAUCAUUCACUCCAGUAUAAUAAAAUUGUGUGUUGUGGUAGCCCUGCUUGUGUGGCUGCAGUAUGGAGGAGGGGGGACACAGGGCAGGCUCUGGAAGUUGCUGUUGCCACCCUCUGUACCAUACUUGACAUUUGGUUGUGGCAGGAGGCCUCUAAGAUGGCUUCUAAAGUCACCCUCUUGUAUUCAGUCUUAGAAAAUCUAAGAUAUGGACCUAGUGACCCACUUCAGAUGGCUGUAGCAGUCUCCCCUUUUCUGCAGUGGGUAUGUUCAGGACAUCUAGUACAUGCCUGAAGCCACAGAUAGUAUCAAGCCUUAUAAAUGCCUUUUCCAUCUUAAUGAAGCAUUUGUUACAUGCCAAGGCUGGAACUUCUACAGUUUGAGAUGUGACAGCAAAACCAGCACGAUAUCCUUUACAAUUUCACAGAUGCAAGAUUCAUUCUUCCUAGAUUUUAGCAACUUCAGCCUGUGAUUGUUUUCUUUCCUUAGUAAGUUGAAAAUGUUAACUUUUUCAUUUGCAGAAUGAUUUUUUUCUACUUUUUAAACGAUUUUUAUAACUUUUCAGCAUAUAUGAACUGGCAGCAUCACUAUCCUUAAGUUCUGUGAUUAUUUAUUUAUUUAGGUACCAGGGAUGGAACACGGGUCCUUGUGCUUGUGAGGCAGGCAGCAGAACCACUGAGCUAAAUUCCCGGCCCUGGGAUUGUUUAAAUAAAGGUGACGUGACGACACCCUUGGGGUGUACCCACAGUCAAUCUGAUGAGAUGGCUACUUAAUAAUAACGUGCAGGUGGUAUAUACAGUGCGUGUAUGCUGGACAAAGGGCUAGUUUAUUUAGGGUAGAUGAGUGGGGUGGGGCAAGAUUUUGUCACUAUUCUGAAUAGCAUGAACUCAAAACAAGUUGUUUAUUUCAGGAGUUUUUCAUUUAAUAUUUUUAGGCUGUGGGUAACAAAUCACAACGUGAAGCCGUGGGUUGGGGGUUACUGUACAGCAGAAAUGAUCUCUCCCAUGACAGUAUUACAAAGACUGGUUUAUUUCUUACUUUGGUGGAGCCAGCUGCCUGUUGCUGUCUAUGGAGAUACAUGGGGCAAGAAGCUAAAGAGAAGCCUGCAGCCCACAGGCAGUGAGGUCAGAGGCCCAAGGUCCUGUUUACUAAGCAACUGAGCAGCUGCCUGAGCAUUUGGAAGAUCUUUCCCCUGUACAGCCUUCAGUCCAUGAUGGCGUGCUCCCCAGUGCUCCUCGGUGCCAUCGUCUUGCUGUCUGCUCUCCCAGGACCUAGUGGGGCAGGCCGCCUCAUGCCCAAGCUGGCUGACCGGAAGCUGUGUGCUGAUGAGGAAUGCAGUUACCCCAUUUCAGUGGCUGUGGCCCUUCAAGACUAUGUGGCUCCCGACUGCCGUUUCCUGACUAUACACAGUGGCCAAAUUGUGUAUGUCUUCUCCAAGCUGAAGGGCCGAGGGCAGCUCUUCUGGGGAGGCAGUGUUCAGGGAGAUUACUACGGAGACCAGGCGGCCCGAUUAGGCUAUUUUCCCAGCAGCAUUGUUCGCGAAGGCCAGACUCUGAAACCUGGCAAAACUGACGUGAAGACAGAUAAAUGGGAUUUCUACUGCCAGUGAGCUCUGCCUACCACUCUUCUGCAGUUUCCCUCCUGGCUUUAUGCAAAUACACUGAGUGCAAACUUGGUCUCUGUGUUUUUUGGGGUGGGGCGAAUGUACAAAGGAAAUGUUGGUUAGGUUCCUUAACCUAGCCAAUCAACCCCCUCAAUAUGUUAACGUCAGAGGUGGCUAGGCAGAAUUUCAUUUAUAAAAAGCUCUUUGCUCCAGGCUGGGUACCCCUGGUCAGGCUCCUAACCUUUGAUCUGUGACACAAGCACUGGACAAUAUGGAUUGGCCUAAACAGCCCGGCUGGGAAAUUGUGGUGACCUCUGUACACAAUGAGAGAGUGUUGAACUAUUGGGAAUGAGCCAGCAGGACGAUGAGAACAUAAAUCUCAGCGCAGUUUUUCUUUCUUUCUUUCUUGUUCUUUUUUUUUGUUUUGUUUUUUGAG